GUCAUAGCAUAGCAACUUAGCUGGCGAGUCGUUGUCAAACCUGUCGUAUAUCAAGUCAAGAGGCUGCUGUUUAGACUAACACGGCCUGCUUCUGGCCUGGCACAUUCGAUUCGCAUCUGCUGUCCAUGACCGUUGCCCGUCUUCCAUUCGAAUCAAUCAAUCCCUGUCUAAUCUGCUGAGCUAGGGUCAAUCAACAGCUGCCCCAACCCAGCCAGUCUCCCCCUUUGAUAACCUGAUAACACGCAGGAAGAAAAAAAAAAAAGUUGCAGCUCCGAUGGAUCGCGAUAUCGAAAAGGCCUCGACGCACUCGGGCGAGGCCGCCGAGGACGCGAGCACCAUCUUCGCGCCCAUCCAGUCCCGCGCCAGACGCCCAUCCGCCGCCAACUCCAGGCCGUCGACGUCGGAAGCCCUGAGCCGCGCCGUGUCCCAGAACGGCUAUGGCUGCGAGGACGGCGCGAACAGCUCCGACGACCAGGCGCAGGACUCGCCCGCCGAGAAGGACCCCUUUGAGGUCGGCUGGGACGGCGGCGAUGAGGACCCCAUGUGCCCGCGCAGCUUCGGCAAGGUCAAGAAAUGGACCAUCACCGUCAUCGUCUCAAUGGCGAGUUUCUGCGUGACCGGUGCCAGUUCCAUCUACACGUCAACUUAUAUGCAAAUGGAGGCUGAAUUCGGCAACUCGCGCAUCGUCUCGACUCUGGGCCUCUCGCUGUUCGUGCUCGGCAUCAGCCUGGGCCCCAUGUUCCUGAGCCCGCUGAGCGAGUUCUACGGCCGCCGACCCAUCUAUCUCGUGUCGUGGUCCAUGUACGUCAUCUGGAUCAUCCCGCAGGCCGUCGCUCGCAACAUCGCCACUGUGCUCAUUGCGCGCUUCCUCGAUGGCUUCGCUGGCAGCGCGUUCCUGGCCGUGUCCGGCGGCACCGUUGGCGACUUGUUUGCGCGCCAGGAGCUCCAGGCGCCGAUGCUGAUGUUCUCCCUGGCGCCGUUUGUUGGUCCGUCGAUUGGCCCCCUGAUCGGCGGCUUCAUCAACUACAACGCCGAUUGGCGAUGGACCUACUAUGUGCUCCUGAUUUGGGGCUUCGCCAUCUUGGUGAGCAUCGUGUUCCUGGUGCCGGAGACCUAUCAUCCUAUCCUGAUCAAGAACAAGGCCAGCAAGAUGCGCAAGGACACAGGCGACGAGCGAUGGAUGGCGCCCAACGAAAAAUCCCAGAAGUCCGUCAUCAGCGCCGUGAGCCACUCGCUCCUCACGCCCUUCCAGCUGCUCAUCUUCGAGCCCAUGUGCCUGAACCUGUGCAUCUUCUCCGCCAUCCUGCUCGGCAUCCUAUACCUCUUCUUCGGCGCGUUCCCGCUCGUCUUUCGACAGAUCUACGGCUUCAGCCUGUGGCAGGUCGGCCUCACCUUCCUGGGCAUCCUCAUCGGCAUGCUGCUCGCCGCCUGCCUGGACCCCGUGUGGUAUCGCAUCCGCGCGCGUCUGGUAGACAAGCUCAGCCAGGAGACGGGCAUCGAGGGCUCCAGCGAGCCAGAGUUCCGCCUGCCCCCGGCCAUUCUGGGCUCGAUCCUCGUCCCCGCGGGCAUCUUCAUGUUUGGCUGGUCGUCGUACCCCUGGGUGCACUGGAUUGUCCCCAUUAUCGGAUCCGCCAUCUUUGGAGCUGGGUAAGUAACUGAAAUGACACCUACAAACACACAACCACAUAUUCCAUGCGGCGGUCGUAAGAGGGCUCUGGGCCCCUGCGUCGGUCCUAGGAGAGCAAGAGUCGUAACCCCUGAGCCAGAUGUUGUACAAGACUUGGGACGGCUGACUCUUGGCUCCUUUGUCACACAAUGGCCCAAACCCACGGGCUCAAGUCAGCGUGCCUUUAGUCACGGCUUGGUCAUGGCCGCCGCAUGCGCUCUCCCCUAAUCUCGUAUCCCCUCUGCGUAUAACCGUCGGUGGCUAACCGCUUGGUGUU